GGAGCAGAAAACCAACUGAAUACCAUCAUGAUCAGGAAUCCAGAUUUCGACACCUUUGUUUGCUGUGCAGUUUGUUCCAAACUAAUCCCACCACCUCCUACACCAGAGGCCUUUGAUCGGAUUAGGGAAUAUAAACCUUUCAAAACUCGGUAUUAUACACACAAAGAUAUACUGGAACUUGGAGCUGACCUUAAGCAAGAGGAAGCAGAAAGAAGAGAAAUCGAAAUUGAAAAACGAAUUGAAAAAGUACGAAAACGUCUCCUGCUUCAGGCUGAGACAGAAAAAGAGGAUGCAGUGGAAGAUGCUCUCAAUCGUGCUGAUGCACUGCACAAGAAAGACCUUGAAGAUCUUAGAAUCAAAGAUGAACAAGCAUUGGAAGAAGCUGUGAAGAAUACACAGAUUGAAAUGCUGCAUCACUUGGAAGUGGAGUUGAAGAGGGAAUCGGAAGCCGCGGAGCAGCGGAUGACUCACAAACUUCACCGGCUCAUAAAGCAGUUCAAUCUGGACAAGGCAGCCGCUACAGCUGAAGUAAGACAGGAGGAGAGGCAGAAAAUAGCUGGAAUCCUUGCCGCACAAAAAAAGAAGUAUCAGGAACAACUUGAACAAGCUGGGGCGAUUGCUCAUGAAAUUUAUGAGAGGAAUCUGAAAGAGUUAGCCUUGGAGAAAAAACAUGAGCUGGAGAUGGCACUGUCAAUCUCCCAAAAAGAGUUUAAGGAAGAAACUGAGAGAUUGCUCCAGACAGCUGAGAGUAUUCGUGAAGCUCAGGUUGAAGAGGUGACCAACGAGGUCAACAAAAAAGACAGUGAGAUCAUGUCUCUUCAUCAGCAACUGGAAAACAUGACAUCUUGGAAAGAUAGCCUGGAAGCCGAAAUCCUGGAAACAAGAGAAGCAUUUCAGAAAUAUAUCAACCUCACAUUUCCCCAGCUUGCUCCAGGACAAGCAGAUUUUAUCUUGCCAUUCAGAAAAAUAUGCCCAUUCUCAGAAUCAGAUUUUGUAGACCUGACUCAAGGGACAACAUGUGCGAAGGAGGCUCUCUGA